AAGGUGUGUGUGGGGUCAACUUUUUAAUGCUUGAAAUAUCCAACCGACAUGAUUUGGAUAUUCCAAAAUUACAUUACACAUGACGCUCUGCAGUAUAGAUUUGCACUAUCUUGCUUCCAGAUUCUCUGCUAGAGUUUAUCCUCGAAGCCUCUUUGGAGUGAAAUAUCUCACUCUUGCUUGUUUUCUUGAUUUCUUUCAAAACUGUUGUUUAUGAAUCCCCAUCUCCACCUCCACAGCCACCAAGAAUCAUGAUCACUGGAAACCGCCUCCUCACAUGUUGGUUUCUCUUGAUUAUUUUGCUUCAAACCUCUCAUGCUACCACACCCUGUAGCCAUUCUACUUGCGGCAUUAUUUCCAAUAUUAGCCAUCCUUUCCGGCUGAGGGAUGAUCCCAAAAACUGUGGUGAUCCCAACUAUGAAUUAGCAUGCGAAAACAAUGUCACCUUCAUCUAUCUCAGCUCUCUCAAGUACUUGGUCAAGGCACUCAAUUAUGGGAACUCCACCAUAAGGCUGGCUGAUCCUUCCAUCAAUGAUGACACCUGCUCUUUUCCUAAGCACUCUGUAUAUGCGUAUAACUUCACUCAUGAAUAUCCGUUUAGCACAUAUUCUGAUUGGAUUUUCAGAGAUGAAAACGAUCCCGGUGUAGCUUGGCCUGUCAAUUUUGUGAGCUGCCCACAUCGGUUGGAGGAUUCUUCAAACUUCACAGAAAUCACUGAUUGUAUCAAUGGAGCCUCGAAUUCGUCUCGUGGCAGGUACAGUUAUAUAAAGGUUGGGAACAUGAGUGGCUUGGAUAUAGGAGAUAAGUGCGGUGUAGACCUCAUAGUGAUGACAUCAUUGAAAUUUAAGAAUUUCAAGAAUGUAACUCUCUCAAAAAUACAUGAUGCUCUGAAAUAUGGAUUUGAACUAUCUUGGUUCCAGUUUCGCUGUAUAGAAUGCAAAGGAGGAUGGGAGUGUACUACUAUGGACGAAAACUUGCAUCGUUGCAGUGGAGCUACAUUUCAGCUUAAGCUUGAUGUCCAGUGGGGCAAAGCUCUUUUCACAGAUCUUUUUUGGAUCGCAUUGUUUCUUAUUAUCAUCGUAGGGUUGAGGCUAGAGGCCGUUUUGAUGAUCACUGGAUUCAUCUAUGUAUGGGGACUUUUAAUCCUAAGUAACUUCGAUUGGUUCUUCGAUUCAGUUAAUGGGAUUAUCCUGAAAGUUUUUCUCAUUGUUGUGAUCAGCUAUGCAGCAAGGAUCAUCAUUGUAUUUCCUUGUGCGAUGGGGCUUCUAAUUUGCAAGUUCCAAAGAAGAAGGCAGUUAUCUAAGUUUGAUGAGAUAAGUGACAAUCAACCUAUGCCUAUUAGGGGCUCCAGCCUUGACAUUUCUGUUCAAGAUUGACACACCAAAAAUGUCCCUAUAGCAGUUUGAAUAUGUGAUGUGCUGAAAUGAGCCAUUUUGUUUCAGUUAUAAGCUAUAUUUCUUCUUCAAUUUUCAAGUCUUUUAAGAAUGUUUAUAGUAUAUUGUAUUUGUUAAUCAAAAUUAUUGGUUUCACUUUCCCCUAAUUUAUUCUCGUUAAUAUAUUUUCAAAA